GGCACUGAAGUCUGAAGGCACAUGCGCGGACGCCAAGAGAGUGAGUGCUGUUGAAACCUUGCAGUUUGUAACGGGAGGGGUAACAGAGCUGUUCAGUCGUGCUUUCUUUCCGCUCUCUCGUUCAGGGGGUAAUCCAAGAUUACCGAGACCUUGGCUAAUAAGGAUCAUCAGUCUUAAAAAUAUUGAAAUGACAAGUUUCCUGAAUGGGGGUGAAGCACCUCUAGGCCGAGAUUUUAAAAGGACGGGGCCAUAGAAGCUUGCUCUCAGAAAUUAGACGUCUCUCACCUGCAGAACACUACUUCACCCCUUUUGUCCCCCUGCUCCUCUGGGAAUCCCACAUGUGUUCUUUUACCAUCCAUGGUGCAUAGAUUGAUCAGCAGAUGAGUAAAUAUCACCACAGAUUUCCAGAGGAAAUAUGGGGCUGCCGCCAUACUUUAGCGCUACUGUAUUUUUUCGGAAUACUUCUGAGUUAUACCCUUCGGGUAAACCUCUCAAUUGCCAUUGUGGCCAUGGCGGGAACGACACUAGAUGAGGUUAAGAACAUGACUCGCCUGAACCAAAGUGGGGCUUGUCCGCUCCCUGAGGAUUACCUUCUUGGUGACAAACAAGCAAUACCAGGCGACUUCGACUGGGACGCAGGAGACCUGGGCUUGAUACUGGGAGCAUUCUAUUGGGGCUACUCACCCAUGAACUUCCUUGGAGGGCGAGCAGCCGAGUAUUUGGGUGGCCGUCUCGUUUUCGGCCUUGGCAUCGUGAUCCCCGCUCUCCUUAGUAUCGCGACGCCAUUCUGUGCUUACCAGUCUAAGUGGCUCUUGAUUGCUAACAGGAUACUGGCAGGAGUCGCUCAAGGAGGAACGCUUCCAAGCUUGGCAGUUCUUAUCAGCACUUGGGUGAUACCAAAGGAGAGAUCGAAAUACACAAGUUACAUCUAUAUAGGUAGCAAUUUGGGAACAGUGGCAGCGAUGUCUCUCGGUGGACUGCUCAGCAGCUCUAGUUUCAUUGGGGGAUGGCCCUCCAUCUUCUAUCUGUUUGGUAUCCUAGGCGUCAUAUGGGGGAUACCUUGGUUUCUUCUCAUCAGGGAUAGCCAUGAAAAACAUCCAAGAGUUUCCUCAAAGGAGCUCGAGUACAUUGGCCAGGAGGGAGAUACCAUGAGAACAAAAAAGGUUAUAGCCAUUCCGUGGAAAGACCUAGCGACAUCGUUACCCUUUUGGGCGAUCGUGUUCGCUUGUUUCGGGAACAGCUUUGGGUUCUAUAUUCUCCUUAAUGGGUUACCGCAGUACUUUGCUAGCAUACUGCAUUUUGAUAUUAAAAGUAACGGAUUGUUGUCAGCGAUGCCUUACUUGGGGAUGAUCACGCUGUUACUCCUCUGGGGACAGGGGACCGAUUUCUUCGUGGAAAGAAAAAUACUCCCGGUCAAGGCUCUCAGGAAGAUAUCAACGGCUGUCGGAUGUUACUGUCCAAUGUUGGGUCUUAUCGGUUUAAGCUUCGUCAGGUGCGACGCACUCACGGCUCUCAUCAUCCUGAGUUUGUCGAUUAGUAUCUCCGGAGUGGCCUUUUGUGGGUACCCAGUCUCAAAUCAGGACAUCGCCCCUAACUUAUCAGGGACCCUAGUGGGGCUUGCAAACACACUAGGGGGAUUCACUGGCAUCCUGGCACCUGGGAUCACGGGGUUCAUCACUCAGGGGAACGAAACUCCUGACGCAUGGCGACUAGUGUUUCUUAUAACUGCUGGAUGUUAUCUCAUUUGCACAACAGUUUAUCUCAUCUUUGCAACAGACAAAGUCCAGCCCUGGAACGAGUGCAAGUCUAGUCAGACAAAAGAAAUAAACCAGACGAAAGACGCCCUGGAAUUAUGACCUUUUUAAUUAAAGAAAGCAAAUUACUUUAUUAGAAAGGAAAUACCCUUUUCCUUAUUCGAGAAAAAUAGAAUCGACUUUGUCAUCGUUCAAUUUCUUUUAAUGGUGGUUAGCUUGACUUCUUGAUCUCGUCAAAUGGAGUACUCCGUUGUGAAGAGAACUGUCCAGAGAAAAGACUGCAGAUCUUGAAGCUGUGCAUUUAUACCUAAAAGUGUGGCUCUUACUCUAUACAAAGACAGGGCAUUGUAUAUUAUGCCAAACUGGUCACAUCAAUAAUCAAUUGUCUACUAAUAUAUUUAUGGGGUCACCUUAUCAACCUGAGAAGGAGCCCACUUGCAAGAUGUCAAUAUCUUUGAUUUAUGAAGUGUUUUCGAAUAAAGGACCCUAGAUUGGAGUUGAUA